GUGAAACCCCAUCCGGCCUUUCGCCAUGAAGUCUGCGCCUCGGCGAAAACCCGCGGCAAAGUGCGGAGCCAAAGCGAAGGAGCUGCACAUCGAAUGCGAACACGGAACGGUGGUUGUCCACGUCGCGAAUCCCAGCCCUUCUGAGGUCAGCAGCUCCUGGUCAAGAGCCCGGGAGGUGCUUCAGACGGAGGGCCUGGUGCUGCUGCGAAAGCUGCUGCCGCAGCGCUUGGUGCGGCAAGCACGACGGAGGCUCCUGGCUGAACUGGCCGACCUUGGGGUCCUGGCUGAGUCCGAUAAGGCGAUCUUGUCGGAUGGAUGCCUACAGGGCGAGGUGCCCAUGCCAUCCUUACUGCGACGGCUGGAUCUCCAGGAUCUGCCCGAGGUACGCGCAGUGCUUGAACAUGCCGCUUUGUUCGAUGCCACGGCACGACUCUUGGAAACCGAUGAGGUCGUCACCACCUGCUACAAGUGGCUCCGCGCCGUGCCACCUGGUGCCUUCACGGGGCCCCACAUGGACCGCGCCUACGUGGGCUGCUCGGAACAAAGGCUGACGGCCUGGAUCCCUCUCGGCGAUGUGAGGUGUGGGCAGAAAGAGCUGGGCUCACUCUGCUGGCUGCCCGGUUCCCACUGCAAGCCGCAGGUUGUGCAGAGGUUCAAAGACUACCAGCAAGCCGGUUCGGAUGGAGAGAGGAGUGGUUGGUUAGCGGCGGAUCCGGCGGCCCUGCAGCUGCCCGAGGAUUGUCGAUGGGAGAGCGCCCAUUUUGCGGAAGGGGAUGUGGCGAUUUUCGGCAUGGACCUGCUGCAUAGCACGUUGCCCAACGGGUCCCGCGCCUUCCGCCUCUCCUGCGACACCCGCUGGCAGCCCCUGGACGCGCCGCCGCCGGAGCUGCCAACGGGGCCCUGGAGGGCCCAGGAGCCGAAGCCGAAGCGACGGCGAAGGGGGCGGAGCGACGAAGCGACGGAGCGGGCACAAAAGGGGCGAUGUCAACGGGUUUUUUCGGCAGUGAAGAUGGGCUCCCUGUUGGCCUGCGCGGAUGAAAGCUGCGCCACGACGAACCGCGGUGCUGCAGCCAGGGCCUGGGAGAAGAUCGAAGCCGAGUGCAGGGAGAAGUUGGAACAAAAUCGCACCGCUGCGGCCAUGCGCUGCUUGGAAGGGCAUUUCUGGGAAGCACGAGAGCCAGGGAAGCGCGCGGGCGAUUUCUUCACGACCCUGAGGAAACUGCGCCAUGACGCCGAGAUGUUUACUUGGCUGGAGCAGGAAGGGAAGGUCACCACGGAGUUGAAAAAGGUUUUCCGAGGGAUUUUCCAUUCUGCGAAGCAGAAACAUAGCGAUCCGGACAAGGUCUUCGAAUUGGCGUUCAACGAGGAGACGAAUGAACGAAAAAUGUGGCAGAAAGCCAACAACAAAGCAGUCUACUGGGACCCCGCCGGGAGGGAAGUCCCAAGCAAAACCCUGCGCGCCAAAGCAGCUGCGCUCAAGGGCUUGGAGGACAGUUUGGAAAGCACCGGCCGGGCCGUGUGUGACCGAUUCCUCUCUUCAAGAGCCUUGCGACACCUGAAACGUUUUCUGGAAGCCUCCACCUUUUAUUUCUACCCGCGCAGCGGAUACCACUUGCUGGCGCUGCUGGAAGACGGGCUGGCGUCACCGUUGCUGGCGCAGCUGGUGGAUGGGAUUCGACACGCCCUGCCCCGCUCUGCCGGGACGCAGCCGCUGCGCAGCGUUCGCGCCUGGAAGGCGGACAACUCCGCGCUGCAGCGGCCGGAGAUGGAGAAACCGGAGUUGGGGCCGCAGGGGAAACUGAACCUGCUGCUUUGGUUGGUUCCCACCAGCGCCCUAAACGGAAGCGCUGCGGGUGCGUUGCAGUUGCUGCCGCGCAACGCGACGGGUCGCGAUGCGCCUGUAGCGCGGGUGGCUUAUGCGGCCAACAGGGCAGUGCUGUGGCAGGAUGAGUUGAAGGCCGAAUGGGUAGGCCCUGGCUGGAAAUCGGGGUUCCUCCAACGGGGCAUCCACCUACUCUUCACCUUUGGGUGGAGCGAAGAUGGCGCCGCUGGGCACUCUUCGAUUUUCUCGUGGGGGCCGCUAUGCGCCAUGUCGAGUCCAGCAUCAGAUCGUCCCGGUCGCCCGCCUGCGGAGCGAUCAGAUCGCACCGCGCAAUCGUUUGAUGAAAGAUAUCGCUCCGCAUCCUUCAUUGAGGAGGAUCCCCGCAGAGCCAUAUCUGGGUUAGUGCUUCCUAGCAAUGCCGUGGGCGUGGCGUCCUUGCAAGUCGGCAAGGCCGGCAAGGUGACACCUUCUAAGGCGUCCCCCCUGCUGCCCAAGCGAUUGCAGAACGUCAGCGACGCGUCGGACAUGAAUGAGGACUCAGCUUCAAGCAAGACACCCUCUACCAAACGUGUCAUGGACAUCCCUGAGCUGGUGCGACAAUUCGAAGAUCUCCUGCAUGAUUUCAGGCAAGAUGCGGAGGAGCAUAUGUUUAACGUGAUCGGUCCCAACCCUUGGAACCUAGGCUUUAUUCAAACAGGACCCUUGCAGAAGAGGGCCAUUAACCUUCUGAAGGCGUUCACACGUAGCGUCCAGCUGCAGUUUCCGAAAGCUUACUCACUCGAUGAGGCCAUGAAGCCGCCCACGGUGCGCCGCUUCAUGCGAACCUGCAAGCUUUGUUUGGAGGACGUUGGGCAAUGGACCCAGAUCUGUUUGAUCCACGUCUCUGCAUUCUGCAAACACGAAAAGUUGGAGCAGGACAUCCAACACAUCUUGAGUCAGGGCGGAAAUAUCAAUGCCAGGGCCAUGUUCGAGGUGUGUCUGCAGUACCAAAACCGGGACGAAACAACCUCGGUGUCAUGUUCGGUGCAGCCCAUUCACUUGGCUGUUCACGCUGGAAAUUUGCGAGGAGUCGAGGUGCUGCUACGACAAAAGGCAGCAGUAGAAUCAAGGUCCACCUUCGACGCCGUGCCCGACUUCACACCGUUGCAUCUGGCGACUGCACUCUGGGCGCGUGCGGGGGAGGAUUCCUUGAAGCAGCACGAGGUGGUGAAACUUCUGCUGGCACAGCUGGCAGAUCCCAAUGCUGUGGAUCUCAGUGGCACCACCUGUAAUCGCCUCAGGCCUGCGGCCAGCGCCAGCCGUCCACAGGGCCAGAGUGGAUUGAGGAAGGGCAUGUAUGUAACGUUGAACACGGAGAAGGCGAAUCAGAUCCCACGCCUGCGGCGUGACGCCAAAGAGUUUCUUCAAACGGCAGACUUCUCGCGUCAGUCGGAGUUCAUCGUGGUGGCAGAUGUGGAGGACCCGGAGAACGAACACGAGCUGGUGCCGCGACCGGGCACGGCCACCACGAGGGACCUGAAGAUUCAGCAGAGCUGUGUGGAUGUGCUAGGCUGGCGCUUCUUCAGCGACUGCUGCCUGGCCCUCAAGGACGAGUUGCCCGGCUCCGGUGUUGGCGGCGUCGGACCCGGCGGCUCCGCGGAGCUGUCGCCGAAGUUCAACAAGUCCCACACGGCCACCACGUGGCAGGAGGAGGACCUGCGUCGUAAUCGCGCGGUGACCAUCCACGAGGCGGAGGCCGGUGACGCGCCGGUGCUCAGCGAGGACGAAGGCGAAGAAUCAUUCCCUCAUGAUGUGCCAUGGGAAGAUGCCAUACAUAUGAAGCUGGCGAAUCCCCUGCGCGAUGGUCGAUUUUUCCGCAAGAGAAAUCGCGUGGUGUCCGGCUAUUUGCUUCACUUCGCAGUCGAUGAGUUGGUCUUUUCUGAAUCGGAGCUGGACCGUGAUGUCGUGAGGAGCAUCGUCCAGUUGCGCGCAGAUGUUCACAGCAGAGCUUGGGUGAAGCGAAAUAUCUCGAAAGAUUUCUUUGAUGUCACCGCCAUUCACAUGGCAGCAGCCAGCUUCUCGCUGCCGGCAGUGAAGACCCUCUUGGAAAUCAAAGCAUCCAUCGAAGCCUGGAUCAACCGAUGGCGAGAAGGUUCCCAUGGCACCAAGGAGUCUGCCGCUACCUUCGAUGAAAUCCCCUGCUGGACCCCGUUGGCGGAUGCCUUGCUGGCGACCAUCCAUCAUUCCAAGGAUGAAGAUGUGCAGAAAGCUUCGAAACAGCCCAAGUCAGUGCUACAAAUCAAGACCAAGGAGUGCGUGAUCCAAUCCUUGCUGAAGGAACGCGCGAACCCCGAUGGCUGCGGCGGCUCCGGCGGGUUGUCCUGUCUCCAUCUGGCUGACGUCACCUUGAAGACCAGCGGCUAUGUCCGGGCCACCCGCGCCCACGGCAAUCGCGGCUGGGACAGGGGUCUGACGCCUCUGCAGAUUUGUGACUAUGCAGACCAGGUGUACCCACAGCAAGCCAGAAGUGAAGUGAUGGCCCUCCUGGCUCCUUCCCUGCGAGGGGCAAGCUUCCUACUGCAGGAUGUCACCAGUAUGUCGGCCUUCAGCUUAAGCGCUGCUGAUGAACUGGUCCGGCGGGUCGUGGAAGAGGCAGAGGCCAAGAAGGAAGGGUCGGCGGCGCGCGCGCUGAACACCUUGCGACUGAGAGCCAUCACCGGCAGCAAAUCGCCCGAGGGCUUCACCCCGCUGGCCGCUUGGCUGAUGCAAUGGGGACCCAGUGGAUGGGAAGAUCUACCACUUGCCAUGGCCGCCAUUGCCAAGGAUGGUAUUGCAGAGCUGAUUGAGAUCGCGCCCACCACUGCCAUCAAGAUGUUGGAUGGCCUGCUUCUGACAGAACCGGCUGCUUGGAUGGAAGCUGAGAUGCUGGGUCUCCUGGGUGAUGUGGAAGUGGACACGGAAGAUCCUCAUGUCCACCCGCUGCCGCACCGGGCGAACAUGAACUACAAACAUCGCGCGCAAGGAAUUGGUUGGUCGGCGACCAUUUUUGACUUGCCCAACUUGUCAGUGCAGACCACCUACCAACCAGACUGCAACAUUGAUCGGAAUUCGCACUUUGACACUGACAAGGACGACGUAAUCCAUCAGGAGUGGCCCUGCUGGCUGCGGCAGCAGAAAACCUGGCACGGCGUGCUGGCACCCAAAGCAUCGUGCACGAGGGCCAGCUUAGUGGGCCCCGCGGGCUUUGAAAAGUCCUUCGCUGAUCAGAUGGGAUCCUCCUCAGCAGCGACCAGGCUGAAGUAUCAGCAAGGAGACAGAGAUGUUUGUAUCAAGGUGCUUUUGGUUGCCAAUAUCUUGGAUGUUCGUAUCCUCCAAGCUCUGACCAACGUGGGCUGGAGCGAAAUCUUCGCGGAGAAGGUGGUCCAAGCGAUUCUGUCGGUGGGCUAUGAGAAUUUCUGCUUUCGGCCCAUCACAGCAUCCUUGAUCCAAGAGACGGUGCUGUUUGCUGCCUUUCUGUGGCUCGGGCUCGCACGCUGGGGUGGCAGGUCCUGGUCCUUCGGAUGCUUCUCCUGGCAGCCAAAAAAGACGCCUUGGGCAGUCAUUUUUGCCAUCUUUGUGAACGAAAGCAUCACUAUGGCCUGGUGGAUGCGAGGUCACUUCUCGCACAAUUGGACGCUGAAACAGUUCUUCCUGCAUCCCAUGACAAGCUUUCGACUUUUCCAGCUCUACUUGUUGUGGUGGCUGCUUUGGAGGACCUUUUUCGGCUACGACUUAGACCACACCUGGCGCAACGACGAGGAUCUGGGCGACAACAAGCGCACCUUUGAGAGGCUCUGCGACCGAGUCUGUGAGGCGGUUCUGGAGGCCUUGCUGUCGCAGGAUGUCGAGUCUCGGGCGCAGCUGGAUGCCUGUGCCAAGCUGGGCAUGGUGCGCAAAGGGCGGGUGGCCACCGUGCCUUACGAGUCGAUCAUGCGCGAAGCGGUGAGGGCAGCGGGCUACGACCAUGAAGACAUGGGAAUGGACUGGAGGACCGUGAACAUCAUCGUGGCGCUGGAGGACCGCAGCGCGGAGUGGCACCGGGCGCUGCUGGGCGGCGCCGAUCCCUCGCGGUCCUUGGGAGACGAUCAGGCCGUGCUGUGUGGCUACGCCACGGACGAAACGCUGCAGCUCCAGCCCUUGUCCCAGCAGCUGGCAGAACAGCUGGCGGCGCGGAUGGAUGCGAAGCUUGGCUCCGUGAAAGCCAUCGGAAGGUUGAGACUCGAUGGCUCCCUGCCGUGGUUGCGUCCCGAUGCACGGGCACAGGUCACGGUGAAGUACGUAGCCGUUCCCAACUCGCCAGGUGUGAGUUCCAUUGCCAUCGUCUACGGCCACGCUGCAGAUGUGAAACCUUCUGAGGCGGAACAGGACUUGCUGGAGAAGGUGGUGAAAGUGGUGCUCCCCAGCCUUCCGGAGAGCGUCGCCUUCACCCCCCGCAGCGCUUGGCGUGCCGGCGCAAGUGCCUCGGGCGCCUCUGGACGGAGACACCUGGAGAGCUAUGGUGGCUGGGCACCUGGGCGCGAAAGGGAUGAGAUCGCCAAGAAACAUCGAGGCCCCUGGUUGCGCCUUCAGCGGCCGCGACGGCGGCAGCCUUUCGCGUUGUGGUGGGCUGGCGGCCGCAUGGGCAGCGAAGAGCCUGGUGGCGGGGAAGUUCUGCAGAAGAUGUGGCGAGACAGCGGACGUCGCGUGCAGCUGCGCUACGUCGCCGGAGAAGCCCAGAUCCAGGUUGACAGCUACGGCAGCGCAAGGAGCGACGCAGAGCUGGAGGAGUUGUCACCCGACACAGCAGAGGUGCUGCUGCGGCAUUUCGAUUUCCGGCCACAAGCCUUGCAGAAAGAGCUGCAGUUGAAUGCCUCAAUGAAGGCCAAAGAGAAACCAUGGGAGAAGCCAAAGGCGUGGUCCUGGCGGAAGAACCAAGGGCGGUUUCAGAGUCUUCUUGGGGCCAACCUUCUUUUGCAGUGCUUUCUCUUCAUCUUUUUAGCCAAAGGUGCCUCUCCGCGCUUGGAGUUUGGUCGCCACCUGCUGGCCAUCUUGCACUCCUUCUUGCGGCUGGGGGUCAUCUUCACCGUGUUGUUCUUGGUCUUCGCCAGCUUUACCUCAGCCUAUUUGGUGAUGGGUUCGCGCCUGCCGCUCCGAGCGCUCAUCGAGAAGGUGCAAUCUCUCAGCAUAGGCGAAGGCCUCGAUGUCAUGGAGGGCGGCUCCAGGCAUGGAGAGCUCCAGCCGAACAACCUGGAUACCUAUCUCACGUUGUUGUCCACAUUCAUCGUGACCAUUUGUUUGCUGAACGUAUCCAUUGCUGUUUUUACUAUGGAGUAUGAGGCGGCCAUCAAAGAAUCAUGGCUCCACUUCUGGCGUUGGCGGGCACGCCUCUGCACCGAGGUCCUGCUCUGUCCGCGUUGGCCCUGGAAAUUCGAAUCCAAGAAGUCGCAGUGCGUGGAACGGCGCUACAUGGCGCAGUACUUGGAGAUGGCUGUCCGGAGGUUGAAAGAUGAGGUGCUGCCAACCGUCUACAACAGCCGGAUUUGCCAAAGGACCUUCAAUUUGUUUGGUUAUCGAAUUUCUUGGGAGCGGCUGGAGGCACUGGAUGCUCCAGAAGAUGAAGCAAGGGACGAAGACGCUGAGUAUGUUCGCUUGGUGGGGUGGAUGACCGUUGCCACUGUGACACUGCUUGGGGUCGUGCUUUUGUUCCUUCCCUUCGUCCAUGGUAUCUUCAGCGGCAUCUGUUUGGGUAUUGGCUUCACAAUUCUCAAAUCCCUUUGUGCUCGUGGUCCCUACGGCAACAGCGUUGGAAGUGCCUCGGAGCACGACUCUGAUGAUGAGGACGAACGUCCACGUGGUGCGGAGAGACCACACUUCCUCUGGAUUUGUUACCGCGCGGACUACGAUGCCAAUGUCUUUAUGAACAAAGAGGUGCACAAGGAACACCUCGAUCAGCUGGAGAACAGAGUGAAUCAUAUGUCUCAGAACUUGGAGACGUUUGGGCACCAGGUCAUCGUCUUGACCGCCGUGGCGAUGGCCAUUGCGAAUCUCAUCACGGUCUUCUCGGUGGAGUAUUUGGUGACGCUGAAGUUCUACAUCGUGCAACUGGCCGUGGACACCCGCGGCGUUGUCAAUGGCAUCUUUGUUCUCAUGGCGUUGAUGGCCUUCUGGGCCACACUGGGCGCGAGCCUGGUGCAGUUGCUGGCGCCCGACGCCGGCGGCUCGGGGUCAGCGGAGAACAAAGGUUGGCUCAACGGCUUUGAUACCGCGAGAUUUUUCUCCGUAAGGACGCUGGUGGUGCGCUUUGUGGCGGUCAUCAUCUUCAACACCACGGGCUACCCCUGUGGUCGUGAGGGUCCAACGGUGACGCAAGGCAGUGGCCUGGCCUUCCUCUUCUGUCGAUGUAUCUCCUCCAAACACAAGGGUGCCAAAGAAUACCUGGACAUGCGCAGUGGCGCCCCUGGUGCCGUCCGAAUGGGUUGCAUCGUUGGUGGCGCCUGUGGAAUGGCGAUGAUUUUUGAUUCACCGCUGGGUGGCAUCCUGUACAUGUUUGAGGAGGUUGGCCCAGCCCUGUGGCCUGUGGAAUUAACCUUCAAAGCCUUUGUUGGAUGCGUCAUUUGCACCAGCAUUUCGUAUGCCUUGCUGGCCAUGGCUCAUACAUCUAUCAGACAAUUCGUCAUUUUUGAGAUGUGGUACGGUCCAUCUGUGAAAGACUACAGCUACCGCGACGUUCCGGGCUUUUUGGUGCUCUCCCUCUUUUGCGGUUUGCUGGCACCGUUGCAUACCAUGCUUUGUUUGAGAGUGGCCGCACUGCGCAAGCGUUGUCAUGGAGAAUCUUGGCCUUGGAAAGUGGCUUGGGAGCGUUCAAACAUGGUGUUUUAA